UACAAAUCUCAGCAACAAAAGAGUGAUCAAAUGAAGAUCCUACAUCUGUACAGACAGACAUACAGACAUAUAGGCAGACUAGGUCUAUAGUAAUAGGCUGCUCCAGUGUUCUGGGUGGAUAUGUGGAUGAGUAAAUAACUUGAUGAUGUCACAAUGCCACUUUACCAGGGAUGGAGCACUAGGGAACAUUAUGAGGUAACAUGUUGCCACGGAAACACACUUCUAACAUAAUCCCAGACCACAUUAAAAUUGUUAGACAAGCUCAGGUAGAGCGUGUUAGCUACAUCUCUCAACCUAUAACUGAUUUGAUUGAUUACAACAGUACACUACCCUAGCGUGUUAUGGGUCAGACACUUAGUGACCCUGUCACUCUGGUCUCUCCUUGGGAGCAACGAAAGGAGACCCAUAAACAUAAAAAGAAACCCAAGGAGAAGAGCAUCCCUCCAGCCCUGACCUUUCUUCAGCUGUGUACACUGCUGAGCUGCGUCAGGAUGAAGAAGACACCAUUUGAUCCCUUCCAGAGUGGUGAGGGGAGAAAGGCAACAACGAUACACGAUACAAACUACAAUAAUGACUCUGAUACUGGCUCUGACUAUUCUGCAAGUGAUGUGAAAAGGAUCAAGAACAAGAGUAAAGGAAAGGACCACAAACGCAGAACGACACUGGAAACAGAAAAAGACAAUAAACAAAGAUCUAACUCGGUCUCCCCUGUGGAGAAAUCAAAGGAGACCAAGCAGAAAGAGAAGAAGCAGAGCAUCUAUCCAGCUGUGGCGGCCCUGCAGCUGUUCACUCUCUUCUGCUGUGGAGGGAAAGUCAAGCUGAAGAAAACUCGUGCCUCUCAGUACAGACAGAGUAAAAAGGACCAGGACGAAGAUACUGCAUCUGAUACUGGCUCAGACUGGUCUGGAGGAGAUGUUACAACCAAAAAGGUCAAGGACAAGAGUAAUGGAAAGGCAAAUCAAAGGACACCCCGGCAAGUAAAGACCCAUGUGGAGGAAAUAUACAUAAGACCUGACUCUCCGACUCUACCACGUGCCCACAGCUCCCUCUCCCAGUUCUCCCUGGCUAGGAACCUGGCCAUCCUCCCGCUGGAGUGGCAGCUACCUGGAGUCCCUCUGACCACCUCGUCUAUGGCAACUAGGACAGAGAGAAAGCCAUCCACUACCAACACUUCGACACAGGCGCAGACAGAAACACAGACAACAGAUAUGAACACAGACACACAGACCACUGCCACCUCUCAGAGACAGAUCUCCAUGGUGACCACCCAGUCAUCAGAGACCAUGACAGAGGUUCACACAUCUGACUCAAGCACCCAGAACUCCACUCCUGACAUGGCACUGACCCCUGAGAGCACUAAGGACAUGAUCGCUACUGAUGAGGAUGUGAAGGAUGACUCUGCUGAAGAUUUGAUCUCCACCCUAACAGACACCUCUAUGGAGAAAUCCGUCCAGUAGGCCUAAUGAACAUUUCAAUAUAGCAAAAGCUAUACUAUGAUCAAUGAAUAAAAACAGUUAAUAUUUCUGCAGCAAAUGUU